CUGUUCGCUCACCAUGUAAGCCAUUAAUAUAUAAACCAUGGCAUAAUUUCGAAAUUGCAUCAAACAGUUCUCAGCCCUUUCAGAGCAAACAAAUCAACUAGCAAACGCUAAAACAACCAACCAACCAAUUAACUAAACAAAAUGUUCAAAUACAUUGCUGCUGUCUUCGCCCUCUUGUUGGCCUUCGCCGCUGCCGUACCAGCUCCUGUCCCAGCUCCUGCCCCAGCACCAGCCCCAGCACCAUCUCCCAGCCUAUUGCCCUUGGUGCCCGGUCCAGUUGUUAGCUAUGUCGGUCAUCCUUUGGUCGGCCCCGUUGUCCGUGUUGUCGGUCCCUAUGGCCCAGUCUACCCCGGCCACGUUGUUGUCGGUUAAAUUUUGAAUUGACGACGACGACGACGACGACCCGAUCACAGCCAUACUUGCCAAUUGCUUACAUUACAACAUAAAAAAACGCCUGCUGCCGCCGCCACUCCCCCCUUUCUUCUUCAUAUUGUUCAACGUCAUUCCGUUUUUGGAGAUUUCUUUUUGAAUGUCCCAUUGUCGUGUACCCUGUACUGUGGAAUUUUUCGUUUUUUAAUUUCUUAAAUCAUUUUUUAUAUUUUUUGAUUUUGUCUUUCUCAUUAAUAUUCUCA